AUGAAAUUCUUAGUCAGUGCAUUUAGCAAUGCCCUGUUACUUGCACUUUUGUCGUUGGCUGAUUGUACAAUUGCCACCUCCAAGAGUAUUUCACCGUCAGAGCAGAGUGGGCGUACCAAAUUUUUUUCAUUUCGUCCUGUAGGCAAUGAUGUGGCAGUGGGUCUGGACUUUGAGCUACCUUUUAUGCAAGUGCCAAUGAAGCAUUAUAAGGAUAAACACGGAAAGGCAUUGGUGAAUAUCAACACGGCGUCGUUGUUAACCGGUGGUCUGCUGGCCGCUGGCGGUACGAUUGUGGGACAUCUUAUACGCUCACUGAAUUUAUUCCAAGUACAAUCGAAGGAAGAGGGAGAUGAGAACGAAGAGGCGAAAGGUGGCAAUGAAGAGAGGGAAAGCAAAACCUUUACUGGGAAAAACAAGGAAACAGAAGGCAGAGAAAAACGAUCGGAGGACUAUUUAUACAAUGCCAAACAUAUAUUCGAUCACUUCAAAUUAGUGUACAAAAAUCAAACUGGCGAGAGAGUGGAGACCACAUUGCCCAACCUGUUUGCUCACAUCGAGGAGAAUUUCUUGGACAACGAAAUCGACAUAGGAGCUUGCGUGCAAAAGUCAAUUUGUUUGAUGCUACAGAAAUCUACCAAAAAUGUGCAUCAAGGAAAAGCGACAAACUGGCAGAAAAUCGUUGACGGAAUCAGCAGCUUCGCAUGGCUUAUGGAUGUGCUAGUGCCCUACGAGGAACUAAGGAGAGCCAUAAAGGCUGGCAAACUGAAAACCAGUACCAGUUGUGCGCUGGCAUAUCCCACAUGUCAAUGGUCAAACCCAGAAACACAGUUAGUUGAUCUGUUUGGAACUUAUGUAAACUUUGUUUAA